AUGUCUAGGUGGGGCUGCUCUUCCCUUGCAGGCGUGACGCGGUCAGUCCUGCGUCCGACACACCGGCGGGGAUUCCCUUCUUCUGGUCUCCUUUCUCUCGCUCGGCCCUCUCGUUUUGUUGUCUCCUCGUCGUCUCCUCCCUCUUCGUCUCUCUCUCUCCCUUCUUCUCGCUCUGCCUCUCUGUCGGCCGCGAGCGGCCACCGCUUCAGAGGUCUCGCGCAUGCAGCGACCGCGUCGACCCUCUCGGAAAACUCCGUGCGAAGCGAGGAACCGCGAACGAAAGAAAGCGUCGACAUUCUGGCUCUCGUCAAGCAACUGAGGGCGCGAACGGGCGGGGUCAGCAUCGGCGAGUGUCGCCAAGCUCUCGAGGAGUCAAAUCUGGAUCUCGAUGAGGCAGCGGUCUAUCUCCGCAAGCGCGGCAUCGCUCGCGCCGCCAAGACAGCAGCUCGGGUCGCAGCCGAGGGCCUCAUCGCGGCCGUCUGUCUCCCGGUCGCUCACGAGACAGGAUUCCUCUCUGGAGUGGCGGAGGGGCGAGAGACAGCAAGAGAGGGUGGGAAAACGGUGUGCCUUCUCGCCCUGAAUUCAGAGACCGACUUCGUCGCCAAGAAUCCGCGGUUCAUCGCUCUUGCCCGUGCCGCAGCCACUGCAGCAGCGCAGGCCGCCUCGAGAGUCUCCGCGGAGGCGUGUGAGGGGCAAUCCACAGACGCAGAGAGGAGACAGGAGACAGACGAAUCCAAGGGAGAGAAGGAGCGAACGCGCAGCAGGGCGCACGCGUCCCUGCUGAUUGAAGCCGCGAAAGCGUCUGUGGUUGAUCCACAGAAGUUUGAAGACGCGGGGCUUGGCGGCCUGUUCCAACAGGAGACAGGAGGCAGACGCGGGGACGAAGACGCGCGUGGGGCAUCUCCAGCCCCCGGAGGCCGCAGGGAGAAUGAUUACGGCGACGGGAUUUCAAACACUCUGGGCGACAUGAUGAUUUUGCUUUCUCAGCAAUUCGGCGAGAAGCUCCAAAUCUCUGGCGUCGAGCACGUCACGGUUCCCCCGCCCUGCUCGCCUGUCUCCUCUCCCCCACGGUCCUGUGAGGUUGUGGGGUGGUACGUGCACGGGCAAGUGGCCGAGGGUGUGGGGCGAGCCGCUGCGGUCGUGGUGCUGGAGUGGCGGGAGAGAGAGCAAAUCGGAGACAAGUCUUUGGCCGCUGACAGACCUCCCCAUGCAGGCCGCCUCGAGGCGUUCGCCAAACUUCUUGCCAUGCAGGCAGUGGCGACCCGUCCACGUUUCGUGAAACUGUCUGACGUCACGCAGGCCGAAAUGGAAACAGAGAGACAGAUCCUCCGAGCCUCCGUGGCGCAGCAGUUUCCGGCCAACCCGGAGAAGGUGGACAUGGUCGUCGAGGGGCGUUUACGGGCACAGCUGCGAGAGCAAGCGCUCGUCGAGCAGGACUUCCUCCUCGCUUCCCAGAUGUCCACAGGCGUCCUUACCGAGGGCCCAGGGGACAAUGUGGGGUCGGAAGCGGGAGGCGAUCUGGGAGACGCAGACAGCAAAGGAGACAGCGCCGGUGCGACCACGGGAGCCCGAAAAGAGAAGAAGUCAGAGAAUGAAACUGUAACGGUUAAGGAAGCGCUCAGGCGCGUAGCACGGGUGCUCCAGUGUGCCGACCUGGACAUUAAAGACAUGCGGCUUCUGUGCAUUGGUAACUGA